CACGUGCCUUCUUUGUUGUGAGCUCGGGCCUCGGAGCGAGGUGGCAGGAGACGCCGCAGGGAAGGGAACUGGAGACCGCGCUCGCUAGCUGCGGCCGGGGGAGCGUUGGUGCCGGGGCCAAGGGGGUCCGCUGAGCCUGAGAGGUGAGAAAAAACACAAUUUUUUGGGCUGUGUGGCUUUGUACAACAAAUGCUCAUAAAGGGAGAAGGGAGAAAAGUAUAAACCAGCAUUUAUUAAGCCCCCAUAAUGUACCAGGCAUUGGAACUACAAAGACCUAAAUGAAUCUGUACCUGUCAUUCUUCUGGGGAAGACUGCAUGUGAAGGACAGACGAUCCUUAGCAGGCAUUUCUCAGCAAGCAUCUAGCCAACUGAUGUAACAAUGGUACUAAUACUGGGCCGCAGACUAAACAGAGAGGAUCUUGGGGUGCGUGAUUCCCCGGCAAUUAAGCGUAAAGUGUUUGAAAUGGACCCCAAAUCUCUCACAGGCCAUGAGUUUUUUGACUUUAAUUCAGGAUCAUCACAUGCUGAAAACAUACUUCAGAUAUUUAAUGAGUUCCGAGAUAGUCGCUUGUUCACCGAUGUCAUCAUUUGUGUGGAAGGGAAGGAGUUCCCAUGCCAUCGGGCUGUCCUCUCAGCAUGUAGCAGCUAUUUCAGAGCCAUGUUUUGUAAUGACCAUAGAGAAAGCCGAGAGAUGCUGGUGGAGAUCAAUGGCAUUUUGGCUGAAGCGAUGGAUUGUUUUCUGCAAUAUGUUUAUACUGGAAAGGUCAAAAUCACUACCGAGAAUGUCCAAUAUCUCUUUGAGACAUCAAGUCUCUUUCAGAUCAGUGCCCUGCGUAAUGCCUGUGCCAAGUUCUUGGAGAAACAACUGGAUCCUUGCAACUGCCUUGGGAUCCAGCGCUUUGCUGACACACACUCCCUGAAGACGCUCUUCACUAAAUGCCGGAAUUUUGCCCUGCAGACAUUUGAGGAUGUGUCCCAACAUGAGGAAUUCCUGGAGCUUGGCAAAGACGAACUCAUUGAUUACAUUGGUAGUGAUGAACUGGUGAUUGGCAAGGAAGAGAUGGUUUUUGAAGCCGUCAUGCGUUGGGUGUAUCGAGCAGUUGACCUGAGGAGGCCAUUGUUGCAGGAACUUCUGACCCACGUGAGACUCCCUCUCCUACAUCCCAACUAUUUUGUGCAAACUGUUGAAGUGGACCAAUUAAUCCAGAAUUCUCCUGACUGUUAUCAGUUACUACACGAAGCCAGACGGUACCACAUCCUUGGAAAUGAGAUGAUGUCACCAAGAACAAGGCCACGAAGGUGAGCAACUUUUCAAAGUUGUAGAGUAAGGCCUACCUCUGCAUUUGGAACCUGGGUGAUUUUGGCCAAGUCAGUCAGCUUUCCUCAGCUUCUAACCUUCCUCCUUUAUAAAAUGAUGAACGGGGAGAUCCUUCCCUACUCCAGACAUGGGAUCAUAUCAACUGGCUUCUCAGAAGUGAUUGUGGUUGUUGGAGGGUGUGAGCGAGUUGGGGGCUUUAAUCUUCCAUACACUGAGUGCUAUGAUCCUGUUACCAGCGAGUGGAAAUCUUUGGCUAAGCUGCCAGAAUUUACCAAGUCAGAAUAUGCUGUGUGUGCCCUGAGGAAUGAUAUUCUCGUCUCAGGUGGAAGAAUCAACAGCCGUGAUGUCUGGAUUUAUAACUCGCAGCUUAACAUUUGGAUCCGAGUUGCUUCUCUCAAUAAGGGCAGAUGGCGCCACAAAAUGGCUGUCCUCCUUGGCAAGGUCUAUGUUGUUGGAGGCUAUGAUGGUCAAAACAGGCUCAGCAGUGUGGAAUGUUAUGAUUCAUUUUCAAAUCGUUGGACCGAAGUGGCUCCUCUCAAAGAAGCUGUGAGCUCUCCUGCAGUGGCGAGCUGUGUUGGCAAAUUGUUUGUGAUUGGCGGAGGGCCUGAUGAUAACACAUGCUCAGAUAAGGUUCAAUCUUAUGACCCUGAAACCAACUCUUGGUUACUUCGUGCCACAAUCCCCAUUGCCAAGAGAUGCAUAACAGCUGUGUCCUUAAAUAAUCUGAUCUAUGUUGCUGGUGGACUCACCAAGACCAUCUACUGCUAUGACCCAGUUGAAGAUUAUUGGAUGCAUGUACAGAACACAUUCAGCCGUCAGGAAAACUGUGGAAUGUCAGUGUGUAAUGGCAAAAUCUAUAUCCUGGGAGGAAGACGAGAAAAUGGAGAAGCGACAGACACAAUCCUUUGUUACGAUCCUGCAACCAGCAUCAUCACCGAGGUGGCUGCCAUGCCACGGCCAGUGUCCUAUCAUGGCUGUGUGACUAUUCACAGAUACAAUGAAAAGUGCUUUAAACUGUAAAGCCAGGAAGUUGCAGAGAGGUAGCUGCUGCCUCCGCCGCUGCUUCUGUCACAAACAGGAAUGUUUCCAGAGGCCCCAAACAGACACUCAAGGUUUUUGGGUUUUGGUUUUUACAUGUUAUGUGCAAACAAAAGAGUUUCUAUGCUUGCCUGACCUGGGCCAGUGCCCAUUUCCAAGCUGUAAAUAGUAAAAUGUCCAAAGCCUUACUAGUAGUUAACAGUCCUUUUCUGACUUCUGGUAACAAUGAUCUGAUAAUGGGUUCCUUCUCUUAUCCAAAGGGAGCCCUUCAUGGGAGGUAACCUUUACAGGUAUUGGUAGGUCUACGUAGACUGGCAUAUAUUGCCUGCCUGACUGUCUGCCUACACAGCUUUGCACCAUUUGUGAAUAGUCUUUUUAUUCUAAGUCUGUUCUUAGACAAUAUAUGCCUAUGACAGCCAUUCUAGAGGAAAGCUGGUAUAGCUUCUCUAUUCAGCUUGGCUUCAUCGUUUCACCCAUAGCUUAAACCAUCUUUUAAAAAUCUUGUGUCACAAGAAAGUAGUUUAAAGUGGAAAGUUGUAGCAGUGGAAUUUUUUUCUCUCUUAUGGAUGUUAAUUUAGUUAUUGGUUCUUUCAGUUUGAUAUAUACCUGAGAUGCAGCACCAUGGCAAUUGUGAUCAAAUACUGCUCUUUACAAAAGCAGCAAUUUGGGAAGACUCAGAAUAAUCCCUGAAGGUCAGAAGUCAUAGGCUAAUUCAUUUGGAAACUAUGAAACCCUUUUAAGGAAAAGAGCAUGAUCGAUCCCUCACAUUAAAGAGAGGAUAGUAAGUGGUUCUUGGAUUGGACUAAAUGUUAAGGGUUUGGGAAAGACCCUGGAGAUUUUGGCCAACAUUGUAACCAGAGUGGCUGCUCAUUUCCCUGAAUCAGGUCCACAUAGUGAAAAACCUCUUUCAUCUCAAUGGUUGCCUUUUGUUCUGUGAGGAUCCAGCUUCUGAUUGGAGGAAUUCAGGGAUCUCAGUGCGAUCUCCAUUAGCUCUAAAGCAUUGCCACUCCCACCAAGGGGAAAACCCCUUUUCAGAGUUCGGAUUCAGGGACCAUGAACAUACUGAAAAAAAAAAAACCCUUCCGCCUUGAUUUAAAGGUCAUUAUUGCUUCCACCAGUGAGAAAUGUCAGGCUCAAGGAAAAGCCAAUCCCUUCCUCCAGCCCUUCAUUCUUUUCCCACUAGCUGUGACACUGAAGGAGAUUGGUCACAUUGGUCUUCUGGGGCACAUCAAAGGAUCUCUGUUACAAGUGAUUCUUUAUUAUUUCUGUGUCAGUGUAACUUAGUUCCCCAAACCUGAUAUGAUGUGGGAGUAUGUUAUAUCCAUAACCAUACCUGUAGAGUUAUCAGAAAGCCUAGAACUGCAGGACUGUCUCAUUUAUUAUUUUAGGAUUUGUUUUCCCAAAACCUGGUCUUUCAUACUUAGCUAGAAACUGAAUCCCAUGCAUCUUUUUGCUAUUCAAAGGAAACUCUGCAAAUGUGUUAGAAUAAAGACAACCCAAACAAAAAGACCCUUGCCUGGAAAUCUCUUAGUAAGAUGCUUCUUGGCUCACAGCUUCAAAAAGGCAUCUAGGAGCAUAAGAAAAAUUAAGUGUAAAGUAAGUUUCUUAGCCCCCAAGUUAAAGCAAGAACCAUUUCAGCUAAAAUUAGGGGGGAAAUGUACCCUCAUUUUGUGGCAAAGAAUUUUGCUUGUACUAAACCGCUGUAUAAUUUCUUGUGUACAUAUUAUUGUAUAAGAUUACAACAGGGAUUCAUUUGCAUUUUUAUGUGUAUUUGUAAAAUAGUGCCCACCUGUAAAUAAAGGCACUUGAUACAGAAAUGUUUUUCUCCAGAUAAAUGACUUCUGUGGUUUCACAUCUUUGUCUUUUGUGUAUGACCAGUUUACUAGGAUUUUGUUACUAUUGUGCAUUAAUUUUUAAAAUAUCUGUGCGCCAACUGUUAUAAUAAACAUGAUGCAAUGUUCUAAGGAGCAAGGUAGACCUUCAAGCUCCAGCCAAUGUGUGCUUUCUUUCUCCUUGAUCAAUGUCUGAAACUAUGUAAUAACAAAUCAUUUUCCAGACUAAUAACCCAAAGAUCAUUAAAAAUGGGUAUUCCCAGUGAAUUUGGGUGACGGUGUUUAAGCUAAAGUGACCCAACUGAUUUUUGAUAUUUCCUUGAAUUUUGGGCCAUCCUCACUUAAUGGAACUGAUUUGCUACAGAGAAUUAAUUACUGCAUGUUGGUGUAGACAUUCAUAGUACCCUUAGAGUAAAAGCAAAGGUGAUGAUCAUACUGUCUGUCAUCAUGCUAUUGAGGGUUUUUUGGUAGCUGUUGGUCUUGUGGAAUGAGAGACAAUACUCACACCUGAAGAGUCAUUCUUAGCCAUCUGUCAUCCUCAAAGAAAGGCAGGCAAAUUUAGAUUAGAUCUUAAUUGAAUUAAAUGGAAGAGAAUGUGUUUACUUGUUGGAGCGGAUUUUUACCUGGGCAAUUUUGAAACUCUCUUCCAUGGGAACUACCUAUAUGUGAAAGGGAGAUAUUGACUGACCACCUUUAUAACAGAGCCAUUUUCCUUUUACAUCUGCUAGGUCAAGCCUGUCGGGAGGAGGAAUGCUCAAGAGUGAGCACUUGGUGCUGUCUUCUGUUUAGUCAGUUGUGCUACCUUAGGGAAGGAAGGAAUCUAGUGGGUUUGUUUUUUGUAUCAACAGAGAAAAGAUCCUUCAAAUGCUGGCCUUUCUUCCCUAGGUGUCAGAGAAGCAAAGACACUUCUGGGCUCUUUCCCACUAAAGAGAGUCUUUAGGUCUUGUUAAGAGUGUCUAACUCCUCUCCUUGGUGUCACUGAGGAGUCAUCCAUCUCCCAUUUCCAGGAACCACCCCUCCUUUGCACGGGCAUAGAAUAACACACUUUUGGAUCUCCAGAAUCUUUAACCUUAAAAGUUCAGCUAUCACAAGAAUUUGGAGGAUUUUUUGGCUUUGUUUUUAAGAAAAAAUACUUGAAGAGGAAAUGAAUUUGUCAUCUAACAAUUUGGGCUUCUGUCACUAGUUAGGUUCUCUCAGUCAUAAUUCUAGGCUCUGAAACAUAUUGGGAAAGGGGGCUUUACCCUCAUAGUGACUUAACAUUCAUUCUUGCCUCUUAAAAAAGAGAAAAUGAUUUAUUGAUUGGUGCAUUCUAUUUUACUAACAAUCCAUCAUUCACCUGUCUAUCUCUACUGUCAAAUGCCCAAUGAAACUCAGGAAAUGAUUCCAAAAGUUCUUUGACUUUUGAUCAUCUACAUACCAGGUUUUUUCUAUUGUCUAAAAAUGACAGUAGACAAUAAAAUUUUGCUGUGAGGGCUCAGGCCAAGGACCAGGCCCAUAUUUUUGUUUUGUCCUAACUAACUCGCAAGAAAGUAGAGAAUUAAUUGUUUGGGGUGUGCAUGAGAAAGCAGCUUGAGGCUCAUCUGUGCAAGAAGCAUCUCUUACCUCAGAUAAUGUUCUCAGAGAAACAUAAUCUGCUGUCUGUGCAGUCUGACAGGAAUCUAUUAAAGGUCAUCUGUGGACUGUCCUGAUUUGUGAAAAGGCAAGGUAUCAACCACUGUCUUCAGCAAGAGUUAACAUUACUCACUAUACAGCAGCCUUUAGGGAUUUGUUAGUUUAUAAGUAUUUUAAACCAACCCAUUGGAAACCAAGUUCAUGUUCACUCACCUCAUUAGUCUUUAGUUAGAUAAAUGAAUUCAGUAGGUACUGUAAUUACCUUAGGGGCUCUUUGGCCCAAAGACAGCUGAAUUACUGAAUUAAGGUGUCACUUCAGAAUGUUGGGUGCCAGAGACCAUAUGAGCCAGGAGUGUGUGAAUCCAUCAAUAAUUCCAAAAUAGCUAGCAGAAUAGUUUACCUUUUCUUCAUCAGACUUUAGCCAAUAGUUUUGAAGCGUGGGGAUUUUUUUUUUUUUGGUAUGAAUGUUUUUCAUUUUGUGUAAUUACCAGGAUACUCUAGUGCUGAGGAUAGUCAAGUGAUAAAUGAUGAAAAUGACAGUGACACGUCUGUAGUAAUUUAUUUUGCAUUCUUGUUCCAAAGAGACUAAGCUCAUGAGGGGCAGAGACUUUGUCAUUUUCUUGUCUGUGUAUCUCCAACACCUAGCAUGGUGCCUUGCACAUAGUAGGCGCUUAAUAAAUGUCUGUCUGAAUUGAAUUUUUGUGUUUCAGAAAGAAUUGUGCCUGAAUUUGCUAGAUGUGCCUAAAUGAUUUUUAGUGUUGUUUCAAAUGUUGUAUCCUCAAGAGACAGUGCAGUAAUUGCUUUAGAUAAAUAUCCUAGUUCUUUCCUAUAGUGCAAAUAUGGUUCCCCACUUUUUAAUUUGUGUAGUGAAUUCUAGGCAAAAUGGAACAAAAUUAGAUCACUUUAAAAUGGUGAUAAUUUCUUUUAAGCUAUGGCCUAAGGUUUGUGAUUUAUUUACCUUCAUAUCCUGCAUUUUCCAUAAUCUUCAGAAAUAUUAAUUGGUCACAUCUUCGUUCCAGGGAUUCCUUCAAUUGUGUAGUAAGCCACAGUAUAGCAAUUGCUUGGCAGAGUACCAAGGGUGGUUUUAUUUCUCUUCUGUCUUCAGACCAAGGUGCUCAUUAUGACACUCAGAUAAUCUCUUAAUCUCCUUUGAACAUACUGUUAAACUUUAAUUAAAAUACAUACAGGUUAUGUACUUGCAUAUCAAGAAAUUGCCUCCACAAAGUUCCUUUUUGCAAUCCUGCUAUCCUUUAGCACCAUUCCCCAUCUCCCCAAAUAGGGUGUUUCUUUUCAUUUUUCUUGAAAGCUGUUAACUUUUUGCCAAUUUUAUUUACAGAAAAUUUAAAACCAUUGCGCUAAUUCUUUUUUUUGGGAGCUAACUGGUUAAAACAAGUUAUUGAAUUGGACCCAAGUGCAGCUCUGCCAGGAGUCCAGAGCAGUAACAGCCAUUUUUAUUUGUUGUCAGUUCUGAGCUCCAGGUUGACGUCACAUUGAGAAAGAUAACCUUGUAUUUUGUUGUCUUUAAGGUUCUGUUGUAGCCCAUCAGUACUUCUGUUCUAUUUAAGUGUACUUGAAAAAUUUUCUUCAAACUUAAAAAAUAUGUAAUGUAUCUAAUAAAUUUAUCUUUUAACUUC